GCUCCGAAAAUAAAUGGCGGCCGCCGGAGGUUGGCAGAUCGGCUAGGCGACAAAAGCAGUGCAGUUAUUCUUUCUUUCUUUUUUUUUAAUUACUCUUCACUCGUGAACUACCCGGUGGACGAGACCGGAUUAUGAAAGACACUAUGACUGCCAUCGAACUGAAGGACCUCGGUAACAAAUUAUUCAGUGCCCGAAAGUACGAAGACGCCAUAUCGUGCUACAGCAAAGCCAUCAUCAAGAGCCCAUCCACGGCCACCUACUUCACCAACCGGGCGCUAUGCUACCUCAAGCUCCAGCAAUGGGAGCUGGCGUGCCAGGACUGCCGGCGCGCGCUCGACCUGGACCCCAGCUCGGUCAAGGGCCAUUUCUUCCUCGGUCAGGCACUGCAGGAGAUGGACAACUACGACGAAGCCGUCAAGUACCUGCAGAGGGCCAACGACCUGGCCCGUGAGCAGAAGCUCAACUUUGGGGACGACAUUGCGUGCCAGCUGCGGCUGGCGCGCAAGCGUCGCUGGCAGCUCAUCGAGGAGAAGCGGCUGCAGCAGGAGAUCGAGCUGCAGACCUACCUCAACCAGCUGAUCCUGCUCGACAAGCAGAAGAGGGUGCAAGAAAUGAGGAUGAAGGGAACACGCGAGGCGGACAUCGAACGGGUGGAGGCUGCACUGGACAAGUACAUAUCAGAGUUGAACAACAUAUUUGCAAAAGUGGACGACAAGCGCAGGAAGCGAGACGUGCCAGACUACCUGUGCGGCAAGAUCAGCUUUGAGAUCAUGCGCGAGCCUGUCAUCACGCCCAGCGGGAUCACCUACGACCGCAGGGACAUCGAGGAGCACCUACAGAGGGUCGGCCACUUCGACCCAGUGACGAGAACACCACUGACCCAGGACCAGCUGAUUCCAAACUUGGCAAUGAAGGAGGUGGUGGACGGCUUCCUCGCGGAAAACGAGUGGGCCCUCGACUACUGAGAACGCCCCAUCCGCCGUGACUUUGCACAGGACCGUGCGCUGUCCCGCCGAAAGUCACCCGCUUCGAUUUCAUGUCACCACCUGCUUUCUUCGCUCUUAACAAGACCGAGCUGGUGGGCGCCUCCAUAAGCUGCUGUGCGUGUGUUACGCAGCUACCAGACGGCGGGCUCUUUCUUUCCUUUUCUUUCUUUUUUUUUUUUUUCUUUGUCCACACCUCUCUCGUCUCAACAUGCCCGCAGCUGGUCGUCAGGUUUCCCCAUGAAAUCGGGUCUUGAACAAGUCCUGCGUAUAGAUCGGUCUCUCGUGUAUAUGAGUGAAUGAUUUAUGCACUCUCACUCCGGUAACAGCUGUGAAUUGCAUUAUGCGAGCCUCUGCUGUAAUGGUUAGUAGCAUGGAUUCACUCACUCUUUGAGCAUUCCGAUUACGAAAUUAAUGAGCCGUUGAAGCAGCAUGUUGUUCGGUCUUGCCUUGAUUCAUUGCACAGUGUCGUAUUCGUUUCACCGAACGUCUUCAACACCAGGACUUGAAAUGCAACGUAAUGGCAAGAUGGUAGCCUGAAAGAACAGCACACUGUGGCGACUGGAAGAGUCUGCAAUCACAGAUGAGUUACAGUUGCUAAGUCUUGAUUUCCGUCAGUUUCAAAUGGAAGUGUUACAGUGGGCAACCGGAUGAAGGUCUUGGUCCUGUGUGUAGCUGUACCACACGUGCUUCAUAGAAGCUUGCGCUGAAUAAGUUUCUUGUGUUUUCCUACAAACUUAAAUGAAUAGUUUGAAAUUGCUGGAAGCGGCCUCAUCCACAGUGGACAUUGCGAACAGAGCAGAUGGCGACAAAGGAGACACGAGAAAAGCUGGCACUGUCCCCCUUCUCGUCGUCUGUUCCAUUCUCACUGCGCUGGUCGCGACGACCUCAUGGUUACCACCAUAAGCGUCUGAUGGAAUGUUUUGAAAUUGCGAGGUUCAGGUGAGCUUCUUGUCUAUGUCUGAAGAGGCAGCGGGAAAGUAGACGUGGGUGUGUGCAGCCUGUCAGUCAGUCUUGUCACUUUGUGUCAGUGGCCUGCUGCCUUCUCUCCAACCGCCCAUGUAAAGGUAUACGUUGUACAUACAUGCAGUGUCAUGGGCGUGAUGAACCAUUACUGCCCUAGGGCAUCCGCGUAACUCUUCGAAUGGUCCCAUAGCUCUAGGUUUGCUUGUCCCAUACCGCACUAGCCUUGGCACUUGUACGCUCUACUGCAGCCAUAGAGUCCAAAGUGGCAAAAAAGCCCAGUGGUACCCGGUUCCAGGAAUGCCUGUGUUUAGAACUUGGUGUGUUGUAAACGUAGGUUUGUCUGGGCGUGCCGUUUUGCACACUGUUAUGAAGUGGGGAUCUGGGUUUCCCAUUAUCAAGCCUUGCGUUCACUUGUAUGGCUUUGGUCAGGAGUGUCUAGUGGUGGGGACUGCCGUAAUUCUGCAGCAGUCACCGACACUGGCUUCCUUGCGUCGUAAGUGCGGAAUCGAUGUCAGUACCUUUUCUUUGUCAAGCUGCACAUGAUGAUGAUGAUGUGGUUUGGAUUUCCACAUGUUACACCAACAGAGUGGUGUGGUACAGCCUGUGUCAUCCGUCUUGAUGGCAUUAUGUGACUGUCACCUUGCAUAGCGCCAUCUGCACACACAUGUGGUGAAAGUGACACGAUGUUGCAUUGUUGUUGUUGCUGGCUACAUCGAUUCAGAGUGUUUGAUUUCUUCAAUGGAUUUGGAUGUGGUUUGAUCUUGCAAACAGUCUGGCCGCAAUCUGACUGUUCAACUGAGCACUGGCACUCCAUCUUUCUUUUGACUUUGCAGUUGGCAAGUCAAGACCACCAUUGCUCCAUGUUGAUAAAGGGUGUGUUGAAUGUGCCCUUCCCAGUGCAAUGCCAUCGGCCAUUCUAGCACAUUUUGGGUUGGAAUAAUGUGACGAUUCCAUGCCAGUCCACAUUCACAUUUAGGCAGUGGUGCUAGUGGUGCUCCGUCUACAUUUCGCCAGAAUUAGUCCGUCAUGAGUUAUGGAUGAUAGGAGAGGAACGGAGUCGGGUGAAAGGAUCCCUGUUUUGAAAUCUCAAACACUCGAAGCAAAGAGAGCUAGGGCCAAGGGAACCUACCUCGAGGAGAAAACAGCAGAGGUGUAUUUUAAGCCACUAGCAUUGCAUGGGAUGCAGACAGAAUGUGGUGUCAGUUUGCACUGCUGUGGCUUGAAAUUUGAUUGGCUACUUGCAGCCUCAGCCAGUUUCCGAGCUAUUUGUUAAAUUGAGAGAUGGUUCUGGAUUGAUGACCGCACUGUGAAGACUUUGUAACUCUAUAGGAAACCACAAAAGCCAUGCUUAAUGCUACAUUAAAGUCAAGUAUUAAAUUGAGAUAAAGCAAUAGAUUACUAUUAUUUUUUAUAAUGAAAGUAACUCCAUGAAUGGAAGGAGACAAUUGGUAGCCACUGUGAAAAUGUGACACCAGCUUUGUUGGCACAUAGCAUGACUCCAUUUAUAACCAGUAAACUGUAGUCAAUCACUGAUGAUAAAAAAAGUUGCAUUGCAGCAGAAAACUAACACAGUUGGGUCGUUUUUUGUUGAAUUUGCCAAACUGGCUGGUGCUGCUACGUCACAUGUUUCUAUUGGCACCGUUUUGCGGUAGUGCGGGUAACCUUUCCGUGUGAAGCUCGUGACUCAAAUAGUCGGCAGAGCACGACGUCCGAGGUUGUUGCAGCCAUGUUUGUCGUUGCUGAUCCAAAUUGCGGAUGAAUUGUGUGGCCCUUUAAGUUGCAGUUUUCUCAGAAACUAAGUAAUCUCUUUGCCAGGGGUGGCACCAGGAUUCUUUUGUUGGGAGAACAGAGCAUGAUUGUCCACUUUCGUUACAAUUGUAGGAGGGUGUUCUGUCACUUGGCACUCCGCGGUGCUAGGGGGGGGGGGGGGGGGGUCUGUUAGGGGGCCAAUAGGAAGUAUUGGGGGAUCACUUGGUUUCCCAGAGCCGCUACCGCUCUUGGCACACAAAAAAAAAUUUUCUGGAAGGGUAACACGACAUCAAUGGAUUCAAUGCUUGCCUUUUUGUGUGUCUCAGCAGGGAACGCUAGCAUGCGACAUCCUCCCCACUUGUUUCUUUUCCCGGUGUCGCUUGGUGCUGGAAAUAGCUGCCCAUUGCAUGCAUACGUGGCACAAGCGUGAAAACUCUGCACUGCUGUUGGAAAAUGACCUAGGUCAGUAUUUGACCUAGGUCAGUGUUGACCUGGGUCAAUACUGACCUUGGUCAACACUGACCUGGGUCAACACAAAUGACCCAGGUCAAUGUUGGAAAUGACCCAGGUCAAAAAAGUAUUUGCACAGAGGACACAUAGCACACUAAGUGUCUGCGUUACAGUUGGAACGAAGCAGUCGGCUUUUAUCACGCAACAGUCUUCAGCGCUGCAGGCACCAAGUGUUUGGCAGCAUUUGCUUGCUUUCUCUGUCCGUGAUUAUUCGUGCUUCGGGUAGCUGCUACGCACUAGCUUAAGCGAGGUGCAAGCACUGAAACACUGUGUGAGUGGUGUGUGUAUGUUCAUGCAUUGAAGUACCGAAGGGAAAGUGUGCGUUUGUGAAUGAGAAUCAUAAAUGAUAGUGCCGCUGCCUCCGACAGCAGUCAUGUAUUUGCGCAAGGCAACCAAGGCGACUGUCUGAUCGACGUUGAUGUUGGUACGCAUGCAAGGUAUGAAAGUGAGUGGACUGGGCUGCCACAUCUUUUAUUUCCUUUCUUUCUUUUUUGAGAUCGAGUUAACAGCGAUGUGUGUAAAUAAACACUGGUCGAGUUUCAAACUGUUAAAACAAGUGUCUCUCUUGUUUCCGUGUUUGGUGAAGUCAUCCUGCUAUGUACAAACCUGUUGAAGUUUGGGCGCAUGCCAGAUUCCAGUUUUCCUAUAUUUGUUGAUGAAGAACGCAGAAAUGCUCUCAUUAGGAAAUCACUUGAGGCAGUUAAACGGACGAUGCUGAAGUGAAGCAAUAAGUCAGUUUAGACUGAUAAAGUAGCCUUUGAAAACUGUUGUCAUUAAUUUCGUGAUGAUAGGCUGAUUAUUAGAAGACAAAAUGAAGGUCAGAGUUUCACUUUUUUUUUUUUGCACCGAAAGUCAAAUGCCAUACGUCGGCGCGACAUCAUGGAUUUCAAAGUAAUAUUUCACAUUUUGGCGCUGUUGGCUGAGUAGACAUUCCUGAAUCUUGCCAUCGUUGGUGUUCGGCUCCAUUAGAACACAACACAGCCGACCUUUACCACUAAAUAAUUACCGAGGCCAUAGCAGACGCCGUCAAAAUCCACGACGUCACGGCAGGCUGGUGUGGGAACUUCAUGGAGGUGUCACUCCCCCCCCCAUCUAUUGUUCUUGCCCCUUUUCUGGCCUGCUAAGUGUUUUUUCGUGAUAACAGUGGUGUUUUUGGCAUUGUGGAAGGGUGAUUUACUGAUACAGAAAAAAAAAUUUUUCUCUUUAGUGUCUCUUUAAAGUAAAAUAUAUUGCACUUAAAAGGUUAAAGUCACGGGAUGGUGACCGAUAUAUUUGUAACAAAUGUAUUUAGUCCCUUAACGUUGUAAGAGCUGAGAGAAGAAAUAUAUUAAACGGUAACAUCUGCUUUGAAACCAAAAUAUUGCACAUCAAUGAGCUGCACCUGAUAUCUCGAAGCGAAAAAAAAAAAUUUGUUUCACAGUGUACUGUAUUAGUUGCAUUGAGUAUGUCAGUUUUGCAGCAACUUCAUUUUUGAAAUGCCACGAUUGUUUAAAACCACAUGUGGGGAAUUGUCAAAUGCAGUUUACAGCAUCGUGAUACUGUUUGCUUUCAUCAGACUUGUAAAUGAGUAUAUUAUUGUUUGAAAGCUUGCAAGCCUCAGUUUUGAUCAAGUAUUCUGAAAUUCAUACUUUAUGACGACCGUUCGCUACGUGGUUUACCUUUUUGAUGCAGCAAUUUUCAUUUGCUCAGUGUUGGCAUUUACCUAAUCGGGAGUACUUGUGUGUUUCACAUUAGGCAGUGUGUUGAGGGACGGUAAAAAUAAAGCAUCUUAAGCGGG